UGGCGCUGUCCAGGGUGUGCUGGGCUCCGGCUGCUCUGUGGGGCUCGGCCGUCACCCGUGGACCUUGUGUCGCCCGCAGGCUGCAACUUCUCCGCUGCGGCCGCGCCUGGGGAGCCCCUCGGUAUCUGUGUCCUAGGCAACUACUGGUGUUUCCUCUAACCAUCCGCUGAGCAUGAUGCAAGUGGAGACUUUGCAGAUGUGUCUGUUCUGAUCCGGGCUUUGUUCUCAAGGAACAUCAGGAGACAGACAGCAGGAGUGGGGUGAGUAAAGGUACUGUGCUUUGUCCCGUACCACUUUACAUUUUCUGAUGCUCAUUCUUGGAUGAAGUCAUCAUAUUUGAAAUGUUGGGUUGAAAUAGGCUGCUUGGAUAUCAGACCGUAUUGUGAUUGUAGUUUCUCACGUGAAUUUCCUCAUCAUCCUGGGUAGACAAGGACUGUUUCCAUUGUCUAGCACAGCCCCUGGCUUCUAUGGGGGUGUUUGGUAAAUAAUCUCAGCGUCUCGUACCGACCUGCACAUUUUGCAAAGUUGGAGUGAUCCUUUUCCCUUCACCUGUAAAUCUGGAGGGAUUUUUCCCUGUGUUGGCACUGCCAUCGUUGUUUUAAAUGCAAUUUUGGGAAAGAAACUGUGUUCUUCGCCUUUGUGGCAGAAGUACUGACGUUUGAGAUGAUGUCAAGUGCUGAGCCAUUCAAGGAGACUGAAGGACACGAUUGUGAUCUGUGUGUUUACUGUUUUCAUGGAAUUAUCACUUUUCUUUUGCUCCAUCUUCCCAACAAAAUGAAAAGAUUCCAUCAUGAAAAGUGUGAAGGGAAGAUGAGUGUUCAUUUCAGCUGAGCAGGCAGGCAUGUCAAGCAAAUGAAGGCAGAAGAAAACAUAAUCAGGAGUACAUUGGGAGUACAUUGGGAGAGGGUCAAUAGAGUCUUCUUAAUGGUUCACAGCAACCAUGUUUAUCCCUUACUGUUGCUAGAGAGAACAAUGUCUUCAGAUAACCAGUGGUCAGCAGAGGAAGAUGAAGGCCAGUUGUCCCGACUGAUCAGGAAAUCUAGAGACUCCCCCUUUGUCCCUGUAGGGAUAGCAGGCUUUGUCGCGGUGGUGUCCUAUGGUCUUUACAAGUUAAAGCACAGAAGAGAUCAGAAAAUGUCCAUUCAUCUUAUUCACAUGAGAGUUGCUGCCCAAGGAUUUGUUGUAGGAGCCGUGACUCUAGGUGUUCUCUAUUCCAUGUAUAAGGAUUAUAUCAGACCUCGAUUCUGCAAUGUGCCCAAAAAAUGAAGCUACAUCAAGAAAGACAAGAAGCUUUCUGAAAACUAGUUAUUAUGAAUGAAUUUUCAAUAUGUAGCAAAUGUAUGCUGCAGAGGUAUCAGAUAGAUUUCUCAUAGUCUUCAUAGUAAAUCUCAAUUGUCUAAGAAGUUAAUCUCUAAAUCAACCAGCAUAGGCAGUUCAAAAAUAUCUUUUGUGAUGUCUUUUCAAAUCUAGCACAUGAUUUUCUGACUUCUAAAUUUUUUAUUUUCUAGUUAACAGUAGAAAAUAAUCUACAUUAUGUCAAAGCAAGCUGAAAAUUAGGAGUUAGUUAUACAGUGACUACAGGAAACUUUUCUAUGACCAUGAGAAAGGUGACACUCUAUUCAUCACUUAGUGAAUGCAUCUAUCCUGGGGGAAAGUUUUCCCUGAAAUAAAUAAAGACAGUGUCUGACUUCCUUCUUGACUUCCUUCUUGACUUCCUUCUUGCUGUUCCUGGAGUCAAGGGUAACCCUGACAGGAAGGUGAAGUCUGGUGUUUGGGGAAGGAAAAUCGAAAACUAUGUCUGCAUUCUAGGCAUUAACCCACCGCUCUAUUAUAUUCACUCUUCUCCAUUUGCAUAAGUAAUUACUUACAUGUUGUCAUUUGUACCUCUCAUGAGGCCCAUCUAGUGCCACCAAGUAUUCAUAUUUGGUCAACACUGUGCUCUUUGGAAACAAAAAAAAUCCAACUGCUUUGUUCCACUAAGUAAAUAUUCUAGCUGAUGGACUGAACAUGUUCCAUGAAGGUCAGGAAAGCUGAGGACAGGUGGUAUAGAAAAGUUACCCUUCAUGAUGAUUACACAAUGAAAAGAUAUUUUUAAACAGCUACUGGAAAAAUUCCGUUCUCUGAAUAUAAGCACAACAUUGAAAAUAGAUUAAUGAAGUGUUUAAUGAGAAACUCACAGUACCUAGUAGGUACCAGGGUUGUUAACUUUUACUCUGAGAGAACUGUAGUAUUCUAUUUAUUGUUUGAAAAUAGUAACGCAAAGUAUUAAUAGUGGCCAUGCGUGAACACUCAUAAAUUGUAUUUAAAUCAAAAUGUAAAUUCAAAUUUGAAAAAAGGGAGUAUGAAAAUGCUCAUUUAUCCAUGUUAGCUUGGGUAGAGAGGGAGGGUCAUUGCAGGAAGACCCUAUAAAUAGAUAAUAUAGUGUUUGAAUUUGCAAAAUAUUUGUGCCAAAACUUUGGUGGCUUAAUAUAACGUUUGAAAUUGAGAAGGGUAUUUUUUUUUGAGAAGGGUAUUUUCAUGGCUACUGUAACCCCUGAUGUCUCACUUGCUAAUUAAACUAGUUUGUGUAAACUAUUAAUUAUGUGCCUGGAUAGACAAUGAUUACCUUUUAUAUUAGACUGACUCACAGUUAUGUAGCAGCAACUGCUUAGUAACAAUUACUUAAUUGCACCUUUCUGAAAUUCUGGAUAUGUAUUGUCAGAAAAUCAUUUUUGCAGGAGGGUGGAAUGGGGCCCAGUCCUUUAUUACAGAACUUGGGUCUCCAGCCAUAUCCCAUUCUGUGAUAUCUCUACUUGAGCUCCUCAGGUGCCAGAUGAAAGUGGGGUAGCUU